AUGGAACAAUAUGACUUGUUAGCGCCAGGAAAUCUUGUACGAUUCGUCGGCGAUGUUCUCAAGUCUAUCGGAUGGCCAGCCAUAGUGGCUAUACUGGUCUCCAUCUGCGUGGUGACUCGUCUCAUCACCGAAUUCCAGAGUCGUCCCCGUGGGAUCUCCGAGGGUCGUCCGCGUCCCGUAAGGACGGUGCCAUAUUGGCUGCCCUGGUUGGGCCAUGGCCCGGCCUUUGCCUGGGACCAUGUCGAUCUCCUUCAAAAGUCCAGAAAGUCCAUGAAGGAGGCCGUGUUUGGAAUCUACAUGGGUGGCACCAAACACGAUAUUGUCGUGUCCCCAUCCAUGGUCAACUCGGUAUUGACUGCUCGAGGUACCUCCUCGACGGACUUGAUCAAUUAUGCCCUCGAGAAGAUCUUCGGUGACCGGGGUGUGAUUCGUAAUCUGAAUCCUGUUGACCAUCAUACGCUCAACCACAAUAUCCCCAACCUUCUCAUGCGGGAGCCUUUUUUGACGGAAGGCACCAGAAACGCUACCCGCCUGAUUGAACGGGAGAUCCCUAACUUGGUGACUAACUGUCGAAGCAUCGUGGACCAGAUGCUGUGGGAGCGCGGAAGCCAGGCUAUCGUCGUUGACGGGGAAGACUCGCUUGCCUGCGAGGUGAAUUUUUUCGCCCUCAUUAGAAGGUUCGUUGGACACGUCACUACGGCAAUUUUUAUGGGUGAGGCCAUUCUUGAGGCUUUCCCUGCCCUGCUGGAGGAUGUAUUUACGCUGGACAACCAGUUUGUGCUCCUAUCCAUGGGCAUCCCUCGGUUGGCCCACCCUGGGGUUUCCGCAGCGCAUGUUGCCCGUAGACGGCUCCUCGAUUCUCUUACAGCGUAUCACCAGGCCUUCGUUUCAUGGGAUGAUGGGAUUGAUCCCGGACUUACCUUUCGAGAUCUCGACGACAUCUCGGAACCUAUAAAGGAGCGAAUCCGCAAAUGCAAAGAGCUGGGACUUUCUGCAAGGUCUAGUGCACCUGCACAUCUAUCCUUACUCUGGGCGAUGAAUGGAAACUCCCCGAAUGUUGUCUUUUGGCACCUUCUUCGGAUGUAUGCCAGCCCUACGCUCCUGGAAGAGAUCCGCAAGGAGGUCGCUCCUUAUGUGAAGAUUGUUCGGCAGGAAAGCGGCUUCGCUUUCCAAGAAGCCCCCAAGCUGUCAAUUGAUACAGAAGCGCUAGUUAAGUCGUGUCCGUUGUUGAAGGCAAGCUUCUAUGAGACAUUGCGCUUGCAUUCAGCGCCUCUGUCGUUUCGGGGAGUGACCGCUGACUUAACCAUCACGGAGUCCGCUGAAGAUGCUGCUAUCGCUGGCGUAGCGCAGCCUCGGUCAUAUGAACUUAAGAGAGGCGAUACCGUGGCUAUUCCGCACGCUGUUCUCCAUACAGACCCCAAAUACUUCGCGAAUCCUCGUGAUUUUGACCCGAUGAGGUUCAUCUCGACCGACUCCGAAACUGGACAGAGGAAAGCAAACGUACACACCAUCAAACCCUUUGGUGGCGGAGUAUCUGGGUGUAAGGGCCGCGCCUUUGCAGAGAGGAAGCUCCUCGCGUUUGCCGCGGCAAUCAUCACCAUGUGGGAUGUCAAGCCAGCCCAGGAGGGAGGCUUUACCGUUCCUGAACAUCGGCCAUCUGGAGCGGCAUAUCUGCCUCGGAAGGAUGUCCGGGUGCGCAUCACACAGCGUGCUUAG